UCUCAAAAAUGUCCUCAAAUACUUCUGUAUUCUUUUCACAGAAAAUGAAUUCACCUGUAUUGUGGCCUUCAUUUACCUGCAGAGACGUGUUGAGUUCUUUCUUCUGCAAGUAUUUAUCCCGAGUACGAUGAUAGUGUUCAUAUCAUGGGUAUCGUUCUGGCUCCCGAUCAACGCAGUUCCUGCUAGAAUCGCCCUAGGCAGCACCACCGUAUUAAUCAUGAUAACUCAAAGACAGUCAACUGCUAUCUCGCUGCCCCCCGUCUCUUAUGUCAAAGCCAUCGAUGUGUGGACUGUCACGUGCUUGGUUUUCGUGUUUGCCGCGCUUUUAGAAUACGCCGUUGUCAGCACGUAUUCCAGACACGAAACCAAGCGCUUCUCCAUCAAAGUUAUUCAGAACAACAGAAGCCUAAAACAAACAUUCAACGUUAACCAAGCUGAAAGCGUUGAGAACGGAGACAUCAAAGCCGAAUGCGACGAACAGACCGAGGCACAGAUGCGUUCCAAAGCUAAACGAAUGGAUGUUAUAUCACGUAUUACUUUUCCUCUCUGUUUUCUCCUUUUCAGUUUGGGUUACUGGUCAUGGUACCUGAGUAAAACUUUGUCAUUUGAGAUUCCCAAUAAAAAUUCGUAGCAGACUUCGCUGCGCACACACAAACAAGUUUUGACAUGUUGGGCUUUCUUAACUCAUUUUUUCUUGCUGUGUUGAUGUUUUAAAAAAUAGAUGGACAUUUGAUGGUUUCAUCUGCGACCCUGCAAAGUGAAUUGCAUGAGUACUUCGCUAUUUAUAUGCACCAUGAUACGAAAAAAAAGGGUGAUAUAACAGAAACAUUCGAAAUACCAAGGAAAACAAAUAUAAAAAAAUAACACUCGAAUCAUCAAAAUCAACAUUAAAAAUGGAAUUUUAAAACAAUAGGGAAAUGAGUUUUAAUUCCAAUUUUAUAACUACUGAAAGAAUUAAAUCGGUGAGCUGGCAGAACCGGUAGAGUGUCAGGCAAAAAUUCUUUACGACAUUUUUUUCAGUUUAUUAGGAUCUGUGUUCAAAUUCCGAUAAGGUUGUCUUUCCCUUUCAUUUUUUUUCCGAGAUCGAUAUCAUAUCUACAUUUGAACACUGUGGUUGAUGUAAUUGAGUUAUCCCUUUCCUGAACAUUCUAACCUUGUGCCAAAUUUUGAAACCAUAAUUACUACAGGAACUCAUUUCCAUAAUGUUUUUAAAUAAAUAAUUAUUUUGUAAUUAUAAUCAAAAAACAUUUUGUAGAAAACGAUUAAAAAGAGGUAGAUAAAAGGCUAAAA